AUGACUUGUGGACUGCUUCAGAUCCUAGUGAUCUCUUGUUUUAAUCUGAUUUAUCUAUCAAGUCAACAAGAGGUCAAGUUUGUUUAUGACAGUUUUAGCAAGCAAGAGAAUCUUUAUCUUGAUGGAUCUGCAACAGUUCUCUCCAAUGGAUUAUUACAGCUUACAAACGCUUCAGACCAUCAAAUGGCUCAUGUUUUCUACAGGAAACCAAUCGGUCUCAGCUCCUCUAAGCCACUCUCCUUUUCAACACACUUCAUUUGUGCUCUUGUGCCUCAGCCAGGCUUUGAAGGUGGCCAUGGCAUGGCCUUUGUAGUAUCUCCUUCUAUGGAUUUCUCACACGCAGAGUCAGAUAGAUACUUGGGGGUUUUCAACGUUUCCAAAAAUGUAUCUCCUUCUUCUGAUGUGCUUGCUGUUGAGCUUGACACUAUUUGGAAUCCAGAUUUUGAAGACAUUGAUAACAAUCAUGUGGGGAUUGAUGUGCAUAGUCCUCUCUCUGUAGCAAUAGCUUCAGCUUCUUACUAUUCAGACAUAAAGAGGAAGAAUGAAACCAUAAACCUCCUGAGUGGAAAACCAUUACAGGUGUGGGUGGAUUACGAAGACACUAUGAUUAAUGUCUCAAUGGCUCCUCUUGAAGUGGAGAAGCCAAGUCAACCUCUUUUGUCACAACUCAUCAAUCUUACAGAGAUUUUUCCUAAUAGAUCAAGGCUUUUUGUUGGCUUCUCUGCAGCAACAGGGACAGCUACUAGUUAUCAAUAUAUUCUUUCAUGGAGUUUUUGCACAGAGAGAGUAUCUUUACAGAAACUUGACAUCUCAAGACUCCCUGAAGUUCCUAAACCAAGAGCUGAACAUAAGAAUCAUUCUCAACUAAUCAUUGUCCUGCUUGGUUUCCUGGCUACCAUGGGCUUGGGUGUUCUCAUAGGAGUGUAUCUUUUCAGGAAGUGUAAGUAUGCAGAAGUAACUGAAGAAUGGGAAAAGGAGUUUGGUGCACACAGAUUCUCUUAUGAGUCCUUAUACAAAGCAACAAAAGGGUUCAACAAGGAUGAGUUUCUUGGAAAAGGAGAGGAAGUGGAGAUGGUUAUGAAACUUGGUUUGCUUUGUUCAAAUAUUGUGCCGGAAUCAAGGCCUACGAUGGAGCAAGUGGUUCUGUACUUGAAUAAUAGUAUACCUUUGCCAGAUAUCUCACCAUAUGCUGUGGGGUUUAGCAGUCAUUCUUCGGUUCUGAUUGAUGCAGCCUCUCUUGUAGCUUCAAGGAGCUGGUCAGCUUCCUCGGUCUCUUCUUCCUCGGGACAAUAA